AUGGCUGAAAAAGACCUACAACGGUCAGUACUUGGAGAUUCGAAUAAAUGCCCAAUUUGCCUAGAUUUGUGUCAAGAACUAAAAACAUUAAAUUGUCAACAUAGCUUCUGCUUAUAUUGUCUUCAGGACUGGUUGAAGGAAAAGGGGGAAAUAGAAUGUCCAAAUUGCCGCCAAAAGCAUUCUAUUUCUGAUGGCGGGCUUCAGGAAUUAUCGUCAAAUGUCAUUAAAGAGGAAACUGCAGAACACCUGAAUAAGGAUUGUGAUUUCAUCAAGUGCUGUUGUGGUAAAUUCAAUGCAGACGUCUACUGUCAAGAUUGUUGUCAGCAUCUUUGUACUACUUGUACAAAUUCUCAUGGAUUAUUUCCAUUAACCAAGAACCAUACAUUAAAACCAGUCAGCACUAACUGGCCAGUUGUUCCAGAAGGUCAAAUUCAUCAGCCAGUGUGUCCGCUGCAUGAGCAAAAGCUGGAAUUGUAUUGCAACAUUUGUAAAGCUCCAAUCUGUCAAAAAUGUGCUGUUGAGCACAGUGAAGAUGAAGGACUGCAUAAGAUAACUACAGCUUCUGAUGCAUUUAACGACUUUAAAUUAUCAGCAAAUGUGUUGAUGGUUGAGGCUGAUAUCUACAAACAACAGGCACAAGUAGGAGUACAAAAAUGUAUUGCAAAUGCUUCCAAGCUUAGUAUGAGUAGAGUUUAUCUAAAAAAAGAUAUUAACAACACUGUGGAAGAAAUUGUUAAAUUAGUCAGAGAAACUGGAAAAAAAUUGGAAGCAAAGUUGGAUGAUGUCUGUGAGGCAAAGAAAGAGAAAAGCAACUCACAAAUUGAUGAACUCAAAUCAAUUAUAUCAGAUGUUGAAGAAAAACAAAAUUCCAUAACAAAAUUAUUAAAAAGUGAUCAAGCAACUGCUCUCCAAACAUGUCAAGAGGCAAUUAAAGAACUGCAGCAAAUGAUUGCUGAAGUUUUACCAGAGACGGAACCUAGGGAUGAUGGCCAGAUUUUCUUCACAUCAAGCAAGGAUCACAUAUUGAGUGCAUUAAAGCAACAUGGAGUAGGUGGUGUUGGAGAAAAGCCAAAUGAGCAUAUCUUUGUUGUAUCAGAAUAUCCUAAGACAGUGACAUGUUACCAAUCCUUUUAUGUUAAAAUUGCUCAAAGUUUUAAAUGUGAAUUAGAUAUGAACAAUUUGCAUGCAACUUGGACCUAUCAAGAAUACAGGAAUGGCUAUUGUACUUAUGUUAAUGUAACUGGCAAGAUUGAACAGCAGGUUGCUGAGGGAGAGUGUGUUGUAGCAGGACCCACUGCCAGUUUUGUAGCUGGUUAUAAUCUUACAUUGGAUAUACGUUUUUGUGAUGCUCCAAUAAAAGGAUCGCCAAUCAGUAUCUACGUUGAAUAUGAUCGAACGACCAGAAGCAAUUUUUGGCAAUCUAUUGACAUUUGUGAUGAAGGCAUUACAGAUAUAUUCAUGUCUCAAAAUGGUUACUUUUUAGUUGCUGGUAAAACAAACAUAAUGUAUAAAUUUCAAAAUACAUGCGAGUACAUAUCUAAAAUAACAUUAGUACAAAACUCGAGUGUUAGUGGAAUAUGCCAACUGAAAAACAAUCACUUGAUAGUUUGUGAUCAGUUUAAUAAAACCAUAACAUUCUUCAGACAAGAUGGUCAGGUGAUCAAAUCAAUGUCAACUGGUCAAUCAAGUUGUCCAUCUGGUAUUGCUGUAAAUGAAGAAGUAAAUUUAGUGUAUGUUGCAGAUUUUAAUAAUUGUGUGGAUGUAUUUAACAUGGAGAGCUAUAGUAAGGUGAAGACCAUUGGAUCCAAGGGUUCUCUUGAAGGUCAGAUGGAUGGGCCUUCAAGUGUUGCUGUCACAAAAGAAGGAAAUAUCAUUGUGGCUGACUCGCACAAUCCAAGAAUUCAAUUAUUUAAUAGUGAAGGUCAGUUCAUGAACCUCCUUAUUGGUGGAGGAGGUACUAGUGGUAUAGGGAUAAAUCCUUCCAGAGUAAUUGUUGAUUGUGAUGAAAACAUUAUUGUAGCAAGUCAUUGCAAAGUAAAGUUGUUUGAUAAGCUUGGCAAGUACAUUAAAGAGAUUUAUAAUCAUAACAACAAUUGUGUAAUGUCCAUUGCCUCACAUUACCCUCGAAGGUUAGCAGUAGCACAAGUAAGCUCAACUGAUGUUUAUGUAAUUAAUUAUUAGAACAAUUAGAUCACAGAAAAAAGUUAUAUAGUUAAUUUUACUAUGAAUUAAUUCAAUUGUAUUUGCAUUGGCCAUUAGAGGCUUCAUUGUAUAGUACAUGAAGUUGAUUAGAGAAAUUUAUUUGCAACUAGUAUGUCAGUACAGAUAGCAACAAGAUAAUCUGAAAUUACAGACCCUCGCCCUGUUGCGCCAUAUUGUUGUAAAUAUGUCGAUGGGCUUGAUCAGCUGGUUGUUGUAUUAUAGGGUGUAAUAUUGCUAGCUGUACAUAUCUGGUAAAAUGUGGUCGAGCGGUAAAGUUGCAUGUAUUAAGUGUAAAUUUUAUUGAAUGUAUGGGUUCAAAUCUCCCUCUUUUUUUUAUUUGUUAUUUUUUAUUAUUUGUGCAUCUAUAGAAUACUUUUUUCAUAUUUCAUUAUUUUUCACUAUUAUUUUUUUUAUUUAGGAGGACCGAGAUACAUGUAAUAUUGUCAGUGUGUGAAAGUUUGAGGUUAAUCGUUCCAGUAAUUUUUGAGUUAUGCUCCCAGAAGAACAAACACACCAUAGGCAGACACACAUACACACAGACAGACGAAGCUCAUUG